AUGCCUGCAUUUCAGGACCCUACCGCUUCUGGGAGUACUAAACGCAAAUUUGACGGCCACGACAACGCCGAUGGAAGUCGGAAACGACAAGCACUAGAUGAUGGCUCAUCCGGUGGCAUGUCUGCGAUGGAAGGGGAUCAGUAUUGGAUGGUACAAUGGCGCAAUCCCCAAUACAAGAAGCACAAGACCUGGGAUGGGGAUGCAGUCUUGGUCGUCAGUGGUCACAGAUGUGCGUUAUACGACCCCGAAAGUCGACAGAUUGCUACUGGGAAACCUCACGGUAUUGAGGGCACACACAAGCUCGACGAAGGCGUCGAGUUCACUUUGGGAAGCAAGGAGAUUGAGAUCGACCACCGGUUGUCUCGGGAAGAUUUCUUGUCUGGGAGAUGCUUUGGGAAUGGUGGGAUCCCAAUCUCGACUGAGUCGCGGCCUAGCGCAGCGAAGCAGUUCGUACCUCUCAAACCGAAGACUCUGAAUGGCAAGGCUCCCGCACACACCCCUUCAUCCGUUCCAGAUAAACCUAAGCGGGGGAUUCCACUGGAGCCAGUCAGUCUGGUUGCCUCCCAGCAAAUCUCUCAGCGGGCUGCUACUGGAGGUUCAUGUUGGACAGCGAACUGGCGCAAGCCUCAACAGAAGAAGCAUAAGACAUGGGAUGGAGAUGGUUUUGUCAUCUUGGAAGACGAUAAGCUGACAUUCCUGUCGGAUGCGGGUCUCAUCCUUGGGUCUCGCAAAUGGGACGGGCUCCCUCUAUAUAGCAGUUAUCGGGCGUUCAUAGGCAACCGGGAGGUUGAGCUAGAUAGCGAAAUCCCUCGUUCCCAGCUCCCAGCAGUCGUGGGAUCCUCCAAAGAAAUUCCAGUCGACCCUGAGCUCGGCCACCCUCCGGUUUCCCAGCAGUCACCACGGCCAUCAUAUCUACUCAACGCCUCUCGCGAGAACGGUAGCGGGUCUAGUCCGCCUUCAGUCAAUACUCCAUCGUCCACAGGGAGGUUCAUCUCACCUGCCUCUUUCUACGGCGCGCCAGUGAAAACAAAGGAGAAAGGACCUCUUCACAACCCGGAUGCUCCUGGUGCUGUCGUGAUGAAAGCGCCCACCAAGGAGCAUCAGACAAAGUUCAACAAGAAGAACUUGUCAGUCGUGCCAGUCGUUGUAGAUCCCGUCCUUUGUCGCCAUUUGCGCCCUCACCAGAAAGAAGGUGUGCAAUUCCUCUAUGAAUGUGUGAUGGGUCUUCGAAAGCAUGAAGGACAAGGAUGCAUUUUGGCGGACGAAAUGGGGAUGGGAAAAACACUCCAGACCAUCACCCUCAUAUGGACGCUUCUUAAGCAAAACCCAUAUGCAGGACCUACCCCUGUCGUAAGCAAGGUUCUGAUUGUAUGCCCGGUGACCUUGAUCAACAACUGGAAGAACGAAUUUCACAAAUGGCUGGGCAAGGAUCGUAUCGGUGUUUUCGUAGGAGAUAAAGACAAGAGAGCGAUCAAGCAGUUCAUGAACUCGAGAGUGCACCAAGUGUUGAUUAUUGGCUACGAACGACUGCGCACAGUAAUCUCAGAUUUGGCGUACUGCCAACCUCCCAUCGGGCUCAUUAUAUGCGAUGAAGGCCACAGGUUGAAAUCUGCCAAUAACAAGACGUCGACCAUGUUCGAUGCCCUUAGGACACCAAGACGGGUCAUCUUGUCUGGUACCCCCAUCCAGAACGAGUUGAGCGAAUUCCAUGCUAUGGUUAGCCCUCUUUUCAUUUUAUUGGAUUACGACUACUUGACGUUUAAGCGAGUUUACGAAACGCCCAUCUUGAAGAGUCGCGCACCCGGAUGUACUGCUAAAGAGGCAGAGCUUGGUGAAGCUCGUUCAAACCAGCUGACAGCAAUUGCCAAGAGCUUUGUAUUGCGCAGAGAUGCUACCAUACUCAAGAAGUACCUGCCUCCAAAGCAUGAGUACGUUGUGUUCGUUACACCCACGCAGCUGCAGCUCUCGAUCUUCGAGAAGUUCCUGUCUCCCGACAAGCUCGACAACCUUGUCCGCAAUUCGACCGCAGAGUCACUUGCUCUCAUCAACAUGCUUACGAAGAUUAGCAAUAGCCCUAUUUUGUUGAAAGCGACAGCAGAUCAAGCUCGAGAGAAGGCCCGACAAAGCGGCAAUGUGGCCAAGCGCCACGCAAUUGAAGAAGCUCUCAAGCUCCUACCAGAGCGCGCACAAGUCGAGGAUAUCUCGUUGAGUGGGAAGUUGACCGCCCUUGCCACGCUGCUGCGAGCACUUCAUAAGCAUACGGAAGAGAAGUGUAUAGUUGUCUCCCAUUAUACCUCCACCUUGAACAUCAUGGAAGCAUACUGCAAGAAGAAGGCCUAUACAUACCACAGGUUGGAUGGGAAUACCCCUACUCCAAAGCGACAGGAAUUCGUCAAUGAUUUCAACAGGUCCUCUCAGGCGAAGCGAUUUAUAUUCCUUCUUAGCUCGAAAGCUGGCGGGGUGGGCCUUAACCUCAUCGGUGCAUCCCGGUUGUGCUUGAUAGACUCUGACUGGAAUCCAAGUCACGACUUACAGUCAAUGGCCCGUAUACAUCGAGACGGUCAGAAACGACCAGUCUACAUCUAUCGCUUCUUGACGACAGGCUCCAUUGACGAGAAGAUCUAUCAGCGCCAAGUUACGAAGCUCGGUUUGAGCGAUUUUCGUGCACAGGGUACAUCUGAUUCCAAGUCGGACUCGUUCAGUCGCAAGGAUCUUCUCGACAUCUUCAGAAUCCAUCCGGAUACAGCAUGCAAUACCCAUGACCUCCUUGACUGUCCCUGCGGAGCCUCCGCGAAUGGCGCACAAUAUGUAGACAUUGCUGACAUCGACCUAGACAAGGAGCUCGAGAGUAUCGACAACGACGACUUCGAGGACAUCAGCAAAGGUUUCACGUCCGCGUCGCAGCUCAAAGAUGAUGAUAUCAAGAAGAUGGAUCGAGCUUACUUGAAGCAGAAGCGGGCCCAACUCGCUUCCCUGGGCGAAUGGACACAUAUCAACUGUCUUUUACCGGGAGCAGUCGAUCGGGUGGACGACGAUAUGUUGACCCACUUGAUCUGCUCUCCCGACCGAGCACAGGACGGGAGCGCCAAGACGUCGCUCUCAGCUUUCGGUUCUGCGGAGACUCUUGGUCGUCAAGAUGUACCCGGUGGAUCAGUGUCGUUCUUGUUCGAGCGCACCACAAAGGUGACCGCAGAGGAGAAGGGGGGUGACAAGGAAGACGUUUGA